GAUGUCUGCAGUUCCAGAAGUUGCAGCCAUCACAUUAGAAGGAGAUGUACAAAACUACCUUCAUUGCACUUGCAGUGCUACUCUGCUCUUCAUUCUUGGUGAACGGAGGGAAAAUCUUGGUGGCCCCUGAGGAUGGAAGCCACUGGCUCUCGUUAAAAGUCAUCCUUGAGGAACUUCACUUAAGAGGCCAUGAUAUCACAGUGGUGGUGCCAUCAGGCUCAAGUUACAUCAAGCGAGGCGCUUCUCUCUACAAAACCAUCACUGUGUCUACCCCGAGUAGACAAGAAAUAAUUGAUCCAUAUGCUGCCAGCAAUAUAAAGACAAAGCUGGAACACUCUUCGGAGUGGACCAAGUUAUUGGCAGAAAUUGAAUUCAUGGUUAGUUACUCCACGUGGCAUUUCAAUUUGUUGAACGAGCUGUGUGAAGAUACCAGACUGAUGGAUGACCUCAUGAAUGCGAAAUAUAAUUUAGUUCUGUCAGAUCCCAUGUCAAGUGUAGGGGUGUAUCUGGCUCACCGUUUGGGUAUUCCAGUUAUACUUGAAGGGAUGAUGACUUGGUGGGAUGAUCCCCAUAACUUAAUUGCACCAAGCCCAGUCUCUUAUGUUCCAAUUGGACUGUUGCCGCUAAGUGACAAGAUGACAUUUGCUCAGAGGGUUGAGAACUUCAUGGCCUUCCUUGCAUCUUUGGUAGUUCUGCGGUACUUUAAUGCUGUAGUAGAUGACCAACCUGUUAUUCAAAAGUACUUAGGAGGCAGUCACAAAAAUCUCAUAGAAUUGCUUCAAGCAGCAGACCUGUGGCUAAUAAGGUCAGAUUUUAUCUUGGAGUUCCCACGACCCACAAUGCCAAACGUCAUCUAUAUAUCAGGAUAUCAUUGUAAACCAUCCAAGCCCCUUUCCAAUGAACUAGAGGAUUUCGUCCAGAGCUCUGGUGAACAUGGUGUCAUUAUUAUGACAUUAGGAACCCUGGUGUUAAAACUUCCUGAGCGCAUCACGGAAGACAUUGCAGCUGCUUUUGCCCAACUUCCUCAGAAGGUGAUCUGGAAGCACACAGGAAAAAGACCGUCCACACUUGGCAACAACACCUUAAUUGUGGACUGGUUGCCACAGAAUGACCUCCUGGGUCACCCUAAGACCAGAGUUUUUGUGACUCACGGAGGCAUUAAUGGAGUACAGGAGGCCAUUUACCAUGGCGUCCCUAUGAUUGGACUACCCCUCGCAAUGGACCAGCCAGAGAACAUAUUCAAGAUGCAUGUAAAAGGUGUGGCUAAAGAAAUGAACAUUGGAAAUGUGAACAAAGAUAAUUUCCUGGAGGGGCUGAAAGAGGUACUGUAUGAACCGAGUUACAGGGAGAACAUGAAGAUACUGUCUGACCUGCAGAACGAUCAGCCCACAAAACCACUAGACAGGGCCAUAUUCUGGAUUGAGUAUGUCAUGAGGCACAAGGGAGCACCACACCUAAAGUCAGAGUCUUACAAAAUGUCUUUCAUCCAGUACUACUCUCUCGAUGUGAUUGCAUUUUUGCUGGUUCUGUGUUUGCUGCUACCUGCUAUUUCUAUUUUGGCUGUAAGGUUUUUGUGGCAGAGAGUGUUUUGUAGAAGCAAAGUAAAAAAAGAAUGAGUGUACAUAUACUCCGCAGCAUAAGGUUGCCAUCGGUCCCCGUAAGGUUACUACAAUUUCUAAUCAGUUGUCACCCUCCUCCCCAUAAAUGUGAUUUUCUUUUUUUUUUUAUUUAGUUUUUUUAAUUGUUUCCUUUUUUGUACGCUUGUUUCAGAUAUGUUCAAGAUGUAAAAUCCAAAUUGAAAUGAAAUAAAAAGAAUGUUAAAAAAAAAAAGAAUGAGUGUGCUGGCAGCCGUGUCACUACUUUAGAUGUUGAUUUCUUGUUAAGAGGAAUAUUUAUAAAUAUUUGGA